UUGGAGAAUUUUCUUUUUUUGGGGGUUUGUGGGGGUAUUUGAGAGUUCUUCCUGGCCUUUGAGGGGUUUUGACCGAAAGUUUCAGUUCUUGGGGGUCUUUUUCCAUUUCAAUUUGGUGGGAAAUCCCUCCAAGUUCAACAACCUGCAAAAAAACCUACAAUUUGCCGAUUCACGUGCUCAUAUACCCUGGGGUUUUCUAUUUCUUUCACUGGUGAUUAUCUUUCUCAAUAUGAACAGUACAAUUCGACGGUGUUGAUUGUCAAAACCUCCUCUUUCAGUGUGGGAUCGGAUAUCAAUUAUUUCAAACAAAUGAUCCUUUUUUCUUGAGAAGCUUGUUGGUUUUGUGUUUUUUGACUGCCAUUCAUGGCACACCGAGUAUAGAAGCAGCCAUUUGGAAACAUAUUGUUGAAUCAUGGAGUGCAAUAAAGACGAGGCCCUUCGAGCGAAAACCAUUGCUGAGGGGAAGCUAGAGAACAAGGACUUCACUGGUGCUAAGAAAUUUGCUUUGAAAGCUCAAAGUCUAUACCCUGGACUUGAUGGUCUUUCCCAAAUGUUGACAACCAUUGAUGUUUAUAUCUCUGCUGAAAACAAGAUUAGCGGAGAAGUUGAUUGGUAUGGUGUACUUGGAGUAAAUCCCUCUGCUGAUGAUGAAACAGUAAGGAAGCAGUAUAGGAAAUUGGCUCUCCUGCUUCACCCUGAUAAAAAUAGAUCUGUUGGUGCUGAUGGUGCCUUUAAACUUCUUUGCGAGGCCUGGAGCUUGUUAUCUGACAAGUCUAAGAGGUUAGCAUACAACAUGAGGAGGUCUCCAAAAGGAUUUCAGCAAAAAGUUCCAACUCAGGCUAGUGGUCCAUCUGAACCUCCACGAUCAAAUGGCUACCACAAUCACUCAGGCAGGACAACUUCAGCUCCCAAGACACAGAACACUAGGAGAACUGAUACUUUUUGGACUAUUUGUCAUCGGUGCAAGAUGCAUUAUGAAUAUCUUAAACAAUAUCUCAACCACACUCUUCUUUGUCCAAACUGUCAUGAGGCUUUUUAUGCAUCAGAGACUGCUCCACCCUUCAAUUAUUCCAAGUCAUCGAACUUGGCUUCAAGGCAUCGGCAUCAAAAUUCAAGUAAUCAUGCAGCUCCUAGUAAUUUAUCUGAUCCAAGAAGAAAUGCUACUGCUUCUGCUAAGGAUUCAGGACCUGGACCAGCAGGGCUUCAGUCGCCGACUUAUACAGCAAACUCCCCCCAGGAUAGAUUUUCUAGGACUGGUAGUGUUGGCAGCACAGAUCCUUCAAUUGCAGCAAAAGCAGCCAAUGUCAUUCAGCAGGCACAGGAGAGAAUGAAGAGAGAGCGUGAUGCAUCACAGGCUGCUGCUGCAGGGUGGGACGGAAAUUCCAGCUACAAUUCUGCUUUUGAUGGAGAGAGGGUUUACAAAAAGACACGACUAGAUGAUGAUGGUUAUUGUUAUGGAGCAAACACGGCAUAUCACCGAACCACAGUAAAUGGUGGUUCCAGUUUUGCUGGUACAUCAGCACCAAGAAAAGCUGGAUUUGAACAUGAUAAGGUUCAUGGUUUUUCUUUUGCUUACAGUAAGCCCAACUGCAUGAGAGAACUGACUCCAGUUGAAAACAGGAACAUGCUAAUGGCAAAGGCACGCAAGGAGAUAUUAAAGAAACUAACUGAAUGGAGAUCACAGAAUGCAAGCAAAGCUGUCCAGACAGAGAAAAUGAAGGUGACAGAUACAAAGAAAGAAAAAGAAAGAAACUCCAGGAAUGAUCAUGGUCGUGAUCUAAGUGGGUCUGGUGAGUCUUCUGCUACCCGACUGGCUGACCAUGCAGAGAAGAGUGCUGGUACCCCCACUGCUGGUGACGUUGAUGAAGAACAUGUUGUGGCAGAAGCAAUGAAUGUCCCAGAUCCUGAUUUUCAUGAUUUUGAUCAGGACAGGGCAGAGAGUUCCUUUGGAGAAAAUGAGGUUUGGGCUGCAUAUGAUGACGAUGAUGGCAUGCCUCGUUUCUAUGCUAUGGUUAAUAAGGUGAUAUCAAGGAAUCCAUUUAAGCUGAGAAUUAGCUGGCUUAACUCUAAAACCAGUAAUGAAUUUGGUAAAAUGGACUGGAUUGGUUCUGGUUUCUAUAAAACAUGUGGGGAGUUCAGACUUGGUAGAUAUGAAAUCAACAAGUCCAUCAAUUCAUUUUCCCACAAGGUUAAGUGGUCAAAAGUACGCGGCGUUGUUCACAUAUUUCCCAAAAAGGGAGAAGUUUGGGCACUCUAUAAAAAUUGGUCCCCUGAUUGGAACGAGGAUACAGCUGAGGAGUUGAUACACAAGUAUGACAUGAUGGUAGUGCUUGUUGACUACGAUGAGGAACGAGGUGUGUCUGUUGCGCCUCUAGUCAAGGUUGCUGGUUUCAAGACGGUAUUUCUUCCAAAUUUGGAGCCAGAAAAGGUAAUGAAAAUACCUAAAGAGGAGAUGUUUCGGUUCUCACAUCAGGUCCCAAAUUACCAGCUUACAGGUAAAGAAGCUCAAAACGCCCCUGAGGGUUGCCUGGAGCUGGACCCUGCGGCUACCCCAUUGGAUCUUCUUCAGGUUAUAACUGAUGACUCUGAGGUUCAGAAACAGGUCAUGCAGAAUGUUCCAGGCACUAGGGCAGAUGAAAUUGCUGACAGGGCUUCUGAAGCUGAAAAAGAAGAGAAGGUAGAGAUUGGGGAAGCUGUGAAGAAAGAAGAGUAAGAAGAAAGUAGCCCACCAGAGCAACAAAGAUUGUCCCAGAUUUUGUUUAAGGGCUAUGCAGCAUGUGGGGAUUGCUGCAAUUAUGUCCAGUCUAGUUAUAAAUGAUACUUAGACCAUAGCAAUGGGAUUGACGUCUUGUGUAGGUCGCUGAAGCAGCAUACUACUAAAUUUUGAUGCUCACGAUGCGAGGAGAGCGAAAUACAAAUUUAUUCUACCUGCGUUAGAAUUUCUGAGAGCCGGGGGGACUCACGGGAAUUAUCCUUCCCAUCGUCAAGUUGAGUCUAACACCAUUUUUUUGACAGAAAAGUGAAUUCACUCAACCAGUGAUGUUGAGUUCCCAUCAGGUUCAUAGGGUAAUCACUUACUGUAGCAUAUGCCUUUUGCAGAUGUGUCUAUACUUUUUGUUUUUGUUUUUGUUUUUUCCCUUUUGUAAUUCGUUACUGGAGCCAUCCUUAGAAAAUUCAAAAGAUUUUAGUUCCCGACUACUACAAGAACUGGGACCAAGAUUCGUGAGCUUCCUUCCAUUUCAUUCUGACAUGAUGUGGAUCUUGUUUGUAUAUUGCCGCUCUGUAGAUCACAUUUUAUUAUUGUCUUUUA